GCCUCGUCCCGCCAGUGUCCCGUGAGAAGGCGGCGAGGGGACCCAGCUCGAGUAUCUGCAUUGCAGCCUGAGCGCUGCUGCCGGAAGCCAACACAACAAUGGCGACUCCCAGUCCUGACAGCAACUCGUCCAGCUCCAGCAACAGCUUCAGCAUCGUCGGAUCCACGUCGCACCACUUCCACCCGCAGACCCACAGCAGCAGUAUGCAAGAAAUCAACAGCUGCUGGAGGUGUCAAAACGAAACAGGUAAACGUAAAGCGUUGAAAUUGAAUUUUGCCAACCCUCCGGUGAAGCCGGCGUCUCGGCUACCACUCAAUCCAACGCCGCCUCCCUCCUUCCAGAACCCUCACAUAGAGCGGCUGAGAACGCACAGCAUUGAGUCGUCAGGAAAACUUAAGAUUUCUCCUGAGCAGCACUGCGACUUCACUGCGGAGGAUUUGAGGGACCUCGGGGAGAUUGGCCGUGGGGCGUACGGCUCCGUCAACAAGAUGGUCCACAAACCCACAGGCCAGAUCAUGGCAGUCAAGAGGAUCCGCUCCACUGUGGAUGAAAAGGAGCAAAAGCAGCUGCUGAUGGAUCUCGACGUGGUGAUGAGGAGUAGUGAUUGUCCGUACAUUGUUCAGUUCUAUGGAGCUCUCUUCAGAGAGGGGGACUGUUGGAUUUGUAUGGAGCUUAUGUCUACCUCACUAGACAAAUUUUAUAAAUAUGUAUAUUGUGCAUUAGAUGAUGUCAUUCCAGAGGAAAUAUUAGGCAAAAUAACUUUAGCAACCGUGAAAGCACUGAACCACUUAAAAGAAAACUUGAAAAUAAUUCACAGAGACAUCAAACCUUCCAACAUUCUUAUGGACCGAAAGGGUAACAUCAAGUUGUGUGAUUUUGGGAUCAGCGGCCAGCUGGUGGACUCGAUAGCAAAAACCAGAGAUGCUGGCUGUAGGCCCUACAUGGCACCUGAAAGAAUAGACCCAAGUGCCUCAAGACAAGGUUAUGAUGUCCGCUCUGACGUGUGGAGCUUGGGAAUCACCGUGUAUGAGCUGGCCACUGGAAGGUUCCCGUACCCCAAAUGGAACAGCGUUUUUGAUCAGCUGACACAGGUGGUGAAAGGGGAACCUCCUCAACUCUGCAACUCUGAGGAGAGGCAGUUCUCCCCCAAGUUCAUCAAUUUUGUUAAUUUAUGCCUUACAAAGGACGAAUCAAAACGGCCAAAGUACAAGGAGCUGCUGAAACAUCCGUUCAUCCUCAUGUAUGAAGAGCGUUGUGUGGACGUCGCCACUUACGUCUGCCGCAUCCUGGAUCAGUUCCCUACCUCUCCCAUCUCUCCCAUGUAUGUGGACUGAGUGAGUCCGGAGAAGGUGGGUUCCACUCUCCGACAGUGCAGCGGGCGCGACGCUGACUCACCAUCUGGUCUCCUUAGCAGCUUAGACACAUGGUCAAGAAGAGAGGUGCAAUGAAAUACAUAUUGGUUAGCCAACCCUUCACCUUAUUUAACCUCACUUACUGGACACAAAAAGUCAAUCUACCAAAUGAGCGAUGGUGCUCAUGAAAACACACACACAGUAAUUUAUAUACAAAUGUGCUUGUCAGGGGAAAUAAUGUUUGUCUUGUUUCCUCUCAUUUGUCUUCAAUAUGCAAUCUAUGAGUCUUAGCACACUAUUAGAACAAUGUUAAAUAUGCUCACCAAACGUUUGCCCCACUUUGCGCCUUUACUGUAAUGUCGGUGUUUUUAAUUCACAAGUAAAUGUUGUAAGAAUUGCAUAUUACUGAGUCACUUCAAUUCUGUGCAUAAUAUUAUUCAGUGUUUACACGUGCGACUUAGCCAAUUUACUGUAUUGCAAUCGCUCCUCAUCAGUUCACUCCAUCCAUUCGUCGUCUUCUGCUUAUCCAAAGUCGGGUCGCGGGGGCAGCAGCCUAAAAAGAGGGGCCCUGACUCUAACGUUCCUCGUCCACAAAUCUUUCAUCCUGGCUCAAACUAAUGGGGUAAUCGUCGCUUUCUCGGUCCGAAUCGCUCUAGCUGCGUUGAAAACAAUAGGAAAAUGUGAGGAGCCUUUCAAUUAACUACGUCAACCUACUUCCGGUAGGGGCAAGGCUUUUUUUUUUAUCAGAGACCAAAAGUUGCGAUCUUUAUCGUCGUUGUUCUCUACUAAAUCCUUUCAGCAUAAAUAUGGCAAUAUCGCGAAAUGAUCAAGUAUGACACAUAGAAUGGAUCUGCUAUCCCUGUUUAAAUAAAAACAUUUCAUUUCAGUAGGCCUUUAAUGGUGAAUAUGUUCCCCAUACUAAAGUGUUACCAAAAAAAUACAUUAAUCUUCUUGUCUUUCAUAAUGAUCGUGAACUUUAGGCAACAUUUUAAACAAAAAAGGGCAGUUCCUCUUUAAUUAGUAUUUGCAACAAGUCUGACUGUAGGAUACACAUCAACUUAUACUUUAAGAGAAUGUUGGAAUAUACUGUAUAGUAAAAUUAUUGAAACACUACGCAGAGAUAUUUGUACAAAUGGACUCAUGUUAAAAAGGGGCGAGGAAUCACUUGAUCAUAGCGAAGUCUUAUCAGGAUUUCAAUUUCAGAGAAAUGCAAAGAUGUGACUUAAAAAUAUCGACGUUACACGAGAAGCGCAAAAGUGGCUCAUCCGACGCUUGCCUGAUGUAAAGUUACGUGACGUCCACCACUGAUAAUGCACAGGUGUUUGUAUAUAAGCGCAUCAGAGCUGCUGUUCAUGGCAAAUAGUGGAGAAACGUGGGAGAAUUGAGUGUCAUGAGCGGCCUGUCCUAGCACUGUGUAGUAGUACGUCUCUUCCACACUGGUCACACCCUGGUGCAUCAGCAGAGACAAGUCGGUGUAACUAUGUGUAUAUUUAUAAAAGAUAUCUCGCCAAGGGGUUUCCUCUUGAUAGAAAAUGGUAUUAAGUUCCAUCAUAUGCCACUGAACAGAUCACUUCUCACUUAAGAUAGCAACUCCAAGCAUGUUGUUCCAUCCAACUACUGACUGAUGAUAAAACCCACUUCAGAUGAUAUUACCAGUACUUAGGUCUGGAUCAGUCUACAUCCAAGAUGCCAGAACUCCCUGAAUGUGGUCUGCAGUGGAGGAGCCUUGUAGUAAAGUCAGUGUUCUCUGUUAACCCAUAAGAACCAUCCCUGCUUACCACAGACCAAACACAAAGAAGGUAUUUGUGACAUACUGACAUACCACUAAUUCAUGUGUGACGUUACAUGGUAAACAUGAACUCCACUUUUAUGUACCACAAAUAUACUUGGAUUUGAAGCAAACAACAUACUGUAUAUUAAUUCAAAAAAACAUUGAGUCUGUGACUUUUAGUGUCUUAAAACAGUUGAACUGUAAUGUUUGACACCCUAGUAUAGCUUAAGGACUGUUAAAUGUACUUAAAAUGAGCUUUAAUGGCAAAUAAACAGUAGUUUUGUAACUAGCGCCCAUAUUUUAGGAAAAGCGACAUCUUGGGAUAGUCACAUGACAUCUACUCAUGUGUUUACUUCACCAUGUACAAAGCUUUAAAUUGCUGACAUGCAGUAGUUGGGUUCUUCUGGGUCAACUGGAGAACUGGGUCACCACUGAGGUGCCGGUCUUCACCUGCAAUGGGAAAUGGUGCAAAUGUAAGGGAAAGAUGGGCAGGGAUGUGUUCUUCACCCAUGGAAUAUAUUUUCUACCCGCAUCAGUGGGGGUACAACAUGUUGUAUACAUUACAGUUGUUCAUAUUAGAGUAUGAAAUAAUGUGAGGGGCAAUUAUUAUAUUGUAUGUCUAUCAAGA